AUGGUCAAAAUCAAGGAUGAAUUUUGCAAAGAGCCCCUGGAAGCAGCAGUCUCUGACCGUCCAGAGGUGAUUGACAUGUCAUAUGUAUAUGGUUCAGACUCGGCAGCCUUCGAUAUGCAGUUGGAAAGACACAGUGAUUAUGACAGUGGCAGAUCAAGUGUUGGGAAACUUUACUGUGACAUCUGCGGGCAGACCUGCAACAGUCUAAAUGUUUUAUUGGUGCAUAAAAGAAGUCACACAGGGGAACGUCCAUUCCAGUGUAAUCAAUGUGGAGCAUCCUUUACUCAGAAGGGGAAUUUGCUUAGGCAUGGAAAACUGCACACUGGAGAAAAGCCCUUCAAGUGCCACUUGUGUAGUUAUGCAUGCCAGAGGAGAGACGCCUUAUCUGGGCACCUCCGCACACAUUCUGUGGAGAAACCCUACAAGUGUGAAUUCUGUGGACGUAGUUACAAACAGCGCAGCUCUUUGGAAGAACAUAAGGAGCGUUGCCGCCUUCAUCUGCAGAGCUUUAGUGAGCCUGCAGUAAACAAAGAGGCCAGACAGCCUAAAGCAGAGAUUGUAAGCGAGAGAGCUUUGGUUUUGGAUCGUUUGGCCAGCAAUGUGGCAAAGAGAAAGAGCUCCAUGCCUCAAAAGUUUAUUGGAGACAAGCGACAAUGCUUUGAUGUUUCCUACAACAGCUUUUUGUAUGAUAAGGACCGUGAAAUGAUGCAUCCGCAGUUGAUUGACCAAAAUAUAGGAAGCACAAUAGCGUAUCGGAAUCCUGAGGUUUUACACCCUCUGGUGCACACUUCUCCAGUUCCCACUGCUGAGAUGGUAUCUGUAAUUAGCAGCCUGUACCCAAUGCCCCUCUCACGUAUGGAAAUACCUAAUGGUCAUGUACCCUCGCUGCCCAUCAAAGAGAAGAAAACAGGCCCUGUAAGAGGCCAUUCACCAAUUACUAGUGCUCAAGACUCCACUGACACAGAGAGCAGUCAUGAGGAGAGGUCCAUAUACCCACAAAACUUAAGUUCUGUUCCAGUUCGAAGCAGCAGUGUACUUCAGCCCCCCAAAGAACUCUCCAGGAUGUAUGAUGGGCUAAAAGCCCCUGGACUUUCACACUGGGAUCCUCUACGAGUAUUGAGCAAAGAUGGAUACCCAUUGGGUGUGUAUCGGUGUGACCACUGCUAUGUUCUCUUUCUGGAUUACGUUAUGUUCACUAUACAUAUGGGGUGCCAUGGGUUUCGAGACCCUUUUCAAUGUAACAUGUGUGGGCACCGUAGCCAAGAUCGCUAUGAAUUCUCUUCUCACAUAGCACGUGGAGAACACCGGCUAGGAUUGCAACAGUAAGCAAAGAAGAGUAGUAAUAACUGUGAAUGAGGCCAGAAACGAAUAUAUCUUUAAAACUAGGUAGACAUUUUCAUAAGUUGGAUUUUGUGGCAACAGCAAAGAAAUUAAUGAAAAUGCAUUUUUAAGCAGAAUAUUUACUUUUUAAGGCAAAAAAGAAAGAAAAAAAUUAAUACUAAGCUUUUGUACUAAAAAUAUAUAUAUAUAUAUAUGCAACUGCUUUUGAUAUUUCUAAAGAAGUGUGUGCAUCUUUGUAUGAUCUAAA